UUAUACUUUGGAAAAUUUUAGUAGGAAAAAUUAAUAUGGUCGAUUUGAUGAUUUCCGAAAAUUUUGAAGAAAAAAAUCAGCAAACCCAAGAGUUCCAACCCACCGAAAAUUAGCCAACUUAAAUUAAAUUAAGAAAAACCCAACAAUAUAUCAUAAUCUAAAAAGGAUAGGAAAAUAAAGUGAUCAAAACAAUUCAUGAAAGCAUCGAAUCCACGCGUCAAAAUAUCAAUGAUCUAGCGCAAACAGAAACGUCAGCAACCACCUCGGUUCUCCCUCUUUCUCUCAAAGUCAAACCCCGUCCUCUCGCUAUAUCGAUAUUCAUGCCGGUCAACAGAUCAAAUAAACACUUCACCAAACAAAAAGAAAAAGCUGCUUUUUAAUUUCCACACGGCUCUUUUACUUUAAUUACUCUGCCGGCGGCUUUGAGCGACAAUUUCUCGACGGUUAUUGGUUUAGUUUUCCAAGGGCGGUUUAAGGCUUUAGGGCAGCCGGAGAAUGGGAGGGAGUCGGAGUUAUUCGGCUAAUCCUAGUGAUUAUAAACUUUUAGAAGAGGUUGGUUAUGGUGCCAGUGCUACUGUUUAUAGAGCGAUCUAUCUUCCUUUGAACGACGUCGUAGCUGUGAAGUGUUUGGAUCUGGAUCGCUGCAAUAGUAACCUGGAUGAUAUACGUCGGGAAGCUCAAACAAUGAGUUUGAUUGAUCACCCCAAUGUUAUUCGGGCAUAUUGUUCAUUUGUAGUUGACCGUAACCUUUGGGUGGUCAUGCCUUUCAUGUCAGAGGGUUCCUGUUUGCACCUUAUGAAGGUAGCUUAUUCUGAUGGUUUUGAAGAGCCUGCUAUUGGUUCUAUUCUGAAAGAAACUCUUAAGGCUUUGGAUUAUCUUCAUCGACAAGGACAUAUUCAUCGGGAUGUUAAGGCUGGAAACAUACUGGUUGAUAACAAAGGCACGGUAAAGCUUGCUGACUUUGGUGUUUCAGCUUGCAUGUUUGAUGCAGGAGAUAGACAACGUUCUAGAAAUACCUUUGUUGGGACUCCUUGCUGGAUGGCACCAGAGGUUUUGCAACCUGGAAGUGGAUAUAACUCCAAGGCUGAUAUAUGGUCAUUUGGUAUAACAGCAUUGGAGUUGGCUCAUGGUCAUGCACCGUUUUCAAAAUAUCCACCAAUGAAGGUUCUCCUAAUGACCAUACAAAAUGCUCCUCCAGGACUUGAUUAUGACCGUGAUAAGAAGUUCUCUAAGUCUUUUAAAGAAAUGGUUGCAAUGUGCCUGGUGAAAGAUCAAACGAAGAGGCCAACUGCAGAGAAGUUAUUAAAGCACUCCUUUUUCAAGCAUGCAAAGCCUCCGGAGCUUUCUGUGAAGAAAUUAUUUGCUAAUCUGCCACCACUUUGGAAUCGUGUGAAAGAAAUUCAGCUUAAAGAUGCUGAACAACUAGCUCUAAAGAAAAUGCCUUCAGCAGAACAAGAAGCUAUAUCACAGAGUGAGUACCAAAGAGGAGUUAGUGCCUGGAAUUUUGAUGUUGAGGAUUUGAAAGCGCAAGCAUCUCUGGUGCGUGAUGAUGAUGAUACUUAUGAGUGCAAAGACGAUGAUGAAAGCAUGAAAUCAAGCCUUGGUCAUAAGGCUGCAGCUUACUGCAAAUCUAGUUUGGGAAAGUUGAAUUUAAAUAGGGAAGUAUCUCCGGUUGAAUGUGGAGGACCAAGGAGUGUUGACUUACUACAGUCUGAUUUCUUGAAUGGAAAGGGAAAGAAUCAGGAAUGUGAUAUAGUUGAAGCUGACUUUCAGGAGAAGGGUUUGAGGAAAAAUGGAUCAAGCAUUGAUGUUUUGGCAUCGACUUCAGAAAAGGAUUCUGUCUUGACCAGGGCUAAAACUGUGAAACCUAGGCAAACCCAAAGUGGGCCACUUGCACCUGGUGCUGUUCUUAAUCAUUCAUCUUCGGAACGGGUUCGAAACUCAGAAAGGUUUGAGAAUGAAAUUUUACUAGCAAAUGAGAAAGUUUGCCAAGUUCGUAAAGCACCAAGCUUUAGUGGUCCACUGAAGCUUCCUAAUCGAGCAUCUGCAAACAGUUUAUCAGCUCCAAUUAAAUCAUCAGGAGGAUUUAGGGAUUCUCUGGAUGACAAGUCGAAGGCUAAUCUGGUGCAAAUAAAAGGUCGAUUUUCAGUAACAUCAGAAAAUUUAGAUCUUGUAAAGGAUAUUCCUUUAAGUUCAGUUUCACGCCGAUCUUCACAGACUUCGCCUCUCAGAAAAUCUGCUAGCGUAGGUGAUUGGAUAUUUGAAUCCAAACAAGUGCCUACCAAUCAUUCCCCUAAGGAUUUGCCUAAUGGUGGUGCACCCACAUCAAUACUUGUUACUCACCUUCAGAAUCUGUUCCAGCAAACCUCACUUCAACAGGAACUUAUAGUGAAUUUGUUGAAUAGCUUGCAGUCAGCUGAGGUUGUAGAUGUCACACAAAAUGGAAAGUUGCCACCUCUCUCUCCUUGUCCUGAGAGCAAUGGAAACGUUGAAACAGCAGCUUCUGAGAGGGAGCGUUUACUGGUUGGCAAGAUCUCAGAACUACAAUCUAGAAUGAUAAAUUUGACCGAUGAAUUGACUGCUGAAAAGUUGAAACAUGAUCAAUUACAACAACAACUAAGAUUCAUGUCUGGUGCGGAAGAGAAUGGGAUUAGAAGAGAAGGGGUUCCAUGAGAGCUGUAAACUCAACUACUGUAAAGUCAACUCCCCAUGCAUAAUCGGGCAAAAGAUACAAAAUCAGGCAGAUGAAUAGUGUUCCACCUUUCUAUGGCUAAUGCCUACCAUACAUGGUCAUCGACAACGUUAGAACAGUAGAAGGCAGCAUUCUUAGUUGCAUAUAAUAGUACGUGUGAUUUGCAGAUAUCAGCCACUUCAACGAUGAAUAAGCAAAUAUUAUGGGUACACAAGGAUGUUUUUACUUCUAUGUUUCAUGUAAAGAAAAUUGAGGUUCCAGAGCCGUGCCGGGUUAUUUUUAUCAUGGAAAGUAGUCAAGUAGAAGGUUAGAUUUAUGAGUCUUGGCUUCUGUCCAGAAAAUCUUUGUAUCAUAGAAGUUAUUCAAACAAACAAUGUAUGUAUUUGUUGGAGGUUCUUAUAGGACCUGAAUGCUGUUGGGUAGAACAAUCAGUAUAGUUAUUAUUUAGACAUUGUUAGACUCAUGGAUGCUAAUGUCUUUUUCUUUUCUCUCUCUUUUUUCUUUAA